UAUAUGUCAAAGAAAGCAGAUGUUUUCUGGGUUUCACAGAAGAGAAGUAUGCCUACAGCUUUCAAACUCUUCACAGGAUCUGCGUGGAUGAUGUUAUCUAGACCAUUUGUGGAUUAUUUCAUAUGGGGAUGGGACAAUCUUCCUCGGAUUGUAUUAAUGUACUAUGCGAACUUCCUCUCUUCACCAGAAGGCUACUUCCACACCGUGAUCUGCAACGCUCGUGAGUUUACAAACACAACAGUAAACGGUGACCUGCAUUUCAUCUCAUGGGACAAUCCUCCGAAGCAACAUCCUCACCAUCUCACGCUCGAUGAUUUCCAGAGAAUGGUGGACAGUAACGCUCCUUUCGCUAGAAAAUUCCGUAGAGAUGAGCCUGUGCUCGAUAAGAUUGAUUCUCAACUCUUGUCGCGGAGUCACGGGAUGGUCACUCCUGGUGGUUGGUGUAUCGGUACGAGGGAAAACGGAAGCGAUCCGUGUACGGAGAUUGGUGAUACUUCCGUUAUUAAACCUGGUCUUGGAGCUAAACGGGUCGAGAAACUCAUAACCUAUUUGUUAUCAACUGAGAAUUUCAGACCACGGCAAUGCAGAUACAACCAUGUGACUAAGGGCAAAAAGUACAUGAGGGUCUAUUGAUGGUCACUACUCAUUCCAUGUGACUGACUAGAGGCGAAUAGCAAAUAUUAUUUGGUUUCAACUUGACUUUAUCAAAUGUUUUGGAAAAUAGACUUAUACCACUAUUUCAGAUUA